AUGUCAUCCGACAGAAGCGUAAUCGCAAGGAACGCCGGCUGGGAUCCAUGGAAUCCCCCAAACGGAUAUUUUAAUUUUUGUGUACCACUCAACAUGCUACUGGGAUUUUGCGAAGAUUACAGACGCGUGGUGAUUAACGCUCGUCAUGAGUUGAUCUUGAUACGCGCGCGCAACGACAACAAUUGUUUAGUUGGUGAACCGGCGAGAGAGCCUGAAAUUGAUUUAUUCAAAGUACAGUGGCGAAUGCCACACGUACUGCUGAACGAGAUAAAUAAACUGUCGAUGUUGCGUGCUCUCGAAAGUGGACGAUAUCUGAGCAUGGCUUUUCGUUCAUGGGAUCUGUACGAGUUUCCGCUGUUGCAACGCACAACCCAACAUUCGUGGGCCAUUAAGACUGCUACUCAACUCGAAAAGCCACGAUAUAUCAUUUUCGCUCUGCAAGCCGGUCGGAAGAACGUCAUGCUCGAAGACGCGAGUCGAUUCGAUCAUUGCAAAUUGACAAACGUAAAACUAUAUCUAAACUCGGAAUGUUAUCCGUAUGAUGAUAUGAAUCUGGAUUUUGAAAAAAAUAAAUGGUCGAUUCUCUAUGACACAUACACACGUUUCUGUAAAACCUAUUACGGAUAUGACUAUCUCGAGCUGAAUCAAACUGUCACAAUUUUUCGGCAAAAAGGCCCGUUCGUAAUCAUCGAUUGCUCUCGACAAAAUGAAUCGGUCAAAAGCGCGACCGUGGACGUGCGUUUAGAGUUUGAAUGCAAAGAGAACGUACCAGCGAGCAUCACCGCGUACUGUCUUAUCAUACACGAUCGUGUGGUUCAGUACAACCCAUUGACCAACGUUGUGCGCAAAAUCACCUAA